AUGGCCGCCGCGCUUAACCGAUUUAUAAGCCGAUCAUCAGAUCGCUGCUGCCCUUUCUUUCGAGCCUUGAAAUCCAAGUUUUCAUGCGACGAGGAAUGUGAUAGGGCUUUGGCCGAGCUCAAGGCGUAUUUGUCUUCUGCUCCAUUAUUGGUGACACCCAAGCUCAGCGAAGAACUCUACCUAUAUCUGGUAGUUUCACAGCAUGCAGUUAGCGUGGUGCUUGUCCGGUCAGAAGAUAGAGCCUCAAAUCGUCACGGCGCCGGGCUGGGCAUAAUUUUGAUCUCGCCAGAUUGUCUGACCAUCGAGCACUCUAUCACCCUCGGAUUCCCUGCGUCAAACAACGAGACUGAGUACGAGGCGCUAUUGGCCGGGCUUAAGAGUACGCUUCAGUUACGCGCAUCCGAACUGAUGGUUUACAGUGACUCCCAACUUGUUGUCAACCAAAUGUCCGAGGUCUACGAAGCCAAAGACGACAAAAUGGCCAAGUACCAAGCUCUCGUAAGAGAACACAUCAAGUGA